UUAGUUAAAAAUCGUCAAAUUUGUAAAAUUGUCCCAUCACUUGCAGUUCGCGACUCAUGCUCGAGCUUCUGGCUCCGUUAAUGCCCACGAAUAUCCUCUUCUUCUUCGAAGAGCAACAAUUCCCCUCGUAUUGAACGAUAAAACCGCACCUGAAUCUUAGAUCCCGCGAUCUUUCUCUCAUGGGAUUCCAGCAGGUUCAUUCCAACCACCAAGCUGCCGGCUCCGGCAACUACCAGAGCGUCCACAGCCCUAGGUAUGCUGCCUCCAUGACGCGGCGCACUAACUCUUUCAAGCGCAGCAUCGGAAAUAGCUCCGACGAGCUACAGAUUCACUCGCCCCGCUUGUCCGGUGAUAGUAGCUUAAGAGGCAGCCCAACGAGCGAUGCGGCAGAUUUACCCUCUUCGCCCUUUGAUCCGAAGUCGGAGAGAUGGCAUCAAGGGCAGAAUAUCCGGUUCCGGUUGGCUGCGCCUCUUCUAGGCAAGAGCUUGUUCGCGAAGCCCGUGGCAGGGCUAGCUUCCAGGGAUAGGAGGCGACUUGGGAAUUAUGCGUUUUUGGUUUUCUGCGGCGUUUGCUUGUGGAUUGGAGUGAUGAAAAUCAUUGCUGGUGGUUGGCUUGGAUCCAUCUUAACCGAUAGAGCUCUGCGCUACCAGAGAUUGUCUGCUGAAUACAGCAGUAGGAAAGCAUGGCUAUCAAAUUAUCCUGCUUUGAAAGUGGGGAGUGAUAAUGAUAGAUAUCUGAUGACAUUAUCAUCGAAUAUAGAUGGAGUUAAUGAAAAUUUACCCAAGCACACUGAAAUAUGGGCUAAACCAAACAGUGAAAAUUUCACACAAUGCAUCGAACCAGCAAACUAUAAGAAUGUUGAUACUAAGACAAAUGGAUAUGUUCUAGUUAAUGCGAAUGGAGGUUUGAAUCAGAUGAGAUUUGGGAUCUGUGAUAUGGUUGCCAUUGUUAAGAUUAUGAACGCGACACUUGUGCUACCUUCUCUGGACCAUUCUUCCUUCUGGGCGGAUGAUAGUAACUUUAAGGAUAUCUUUGACUGGAAGCAUUUUAUUAAGACCUUGAAGGGUGAUGUUCAUAUAGUUGAAGCAUUGCCAGCUUCUUUGCCAGAGAUUGAACCUUUUAAACCUUUUAACAAAACUCCUAUAUCUUGGUCUAAGGUCAGUUAUUACAGAGAAGAGGUCCUCCCUCUCCUGAAAGAAUAUAAAGUUCUGUAUUUAACGCACACAGACUCUCGGCUUGCAAACAACGGUCUGCCGGCCUUUAUUCAGAAACUGAGAUGUAGGGUAAAUUAUAGAGCUCUGAAAUAUUCUGCUCCAAUUGAAGAAUUUGGUGCAACUCUAGUUUCUAGAAUGAGGUUACGAGGACAUCCAUAUGCUGCGCUUCAUUUAAGAUAUGAAAAGGACAUGCUGGCUUUUACGGGUUGUAGCCAUAAUUUGACAGCAAACGAAGAGGAGGAACUCGUCCGCAUGCGCUACGAGGUUAGCCAUUGGAAGGAGAAGGAAAUUGAUGGUUCAGAGAGGCGAAAGCAGGGAGGCUGCCCUUUAACUCCUAGAGAAGCUUCUCUUCUUCUCAAGGGAUUGGGAUUUCCAUCAAGCACACACAUUUAUCUUGUGGCUGGUGAAGCUUUUGGAAAUGAUAGUAUGAAGUAUCUGACCGUUGAUUUCCCAAACAUCCACUCCCAUUCAACUCUAUCUACAGAAGAGGAGCUUAUGCCUUUCAUAAAUCAUCAGAACAUGCUGGCUGGUUUGGAUUAUGUUGUUGCUCUUCAGAGUGAUGUGUUUAUUUACACUUUUGAUGGAAAUAUGGCGAAGGCAGUACGAGGGCAUAGACGCUUCGAGAAUUUCAAAAAGACGAUUGAUCCGGACAGGUUAAAUUUUGUGAAGCUGGUUGAUGCUUUUGAUGAAGGGAAGAUCUCACUGAAGCAAUUCAAGUCAAAAGUGAAGAAACUGCACAGGGAACGAAUCGGUGCUCCAUAUUACAGAGAACCUGGUGAAUUUCCCAAGCUGGAGGAGCCUUUUUAUGCAAAUCCUCUUCCUGGUUGUAUUUGCAAAAAGCCACGUAUAAAAUGAAGGAGCAGCAAUUUGCAAAAAGCCACUGGUUCUUACUUCAUUUUGCGUUGAGAUACAAAGCACACAAAAGUAUAUAGAAUUGAAAGCCAUUUUUUACUGCAAGAUAAGCAAAUUAUGGAGAGAAGAAUUUGGGGUCUUGUCUCUGAAGAGAGACCCUGAAAAGCCUGUGCAAUAUUGAAAAAAUUAAUUGGAGAGCACUGGAAUAGAAAGGCAAAAAAUAUGCAAUAUUGAUUCUUUAAGGAACCGGAAUUGUAUUUGUUUUUUUUUAUUAUUUGUAAUUGCAAAUAAUCUCAUUACAUGAUAUAAACCAAAUGUUUAGGGAUGAGUUUUUCCCA